AUGUUCAAGUACGCAAUCUUUGCGUUUGCUGUCUUUGCAGCUUCAGAAGCCAUUUUCUUCGGCACCGGUGGUGGUGGUGGCGGUGGCUGCGGCUGUCCUGCUCCUGCAGCACCUGCAUGUCCUCCUCCUUGCCCACCUCCAUGCCCUCCUCCGUGUCCACCCCCAUGCCCCGCUCCUGUUUCAUCAGGAUGCGGAGGCGGCGGCGGCGGUGGGUAUCCUGUUCCUCCUCCUCCACCACCACCACCACCGCCAUCAUACCCUAGCGGUGGUGGAGGUUACGCUUCUGGAGGCGGCGGCGGCGGCGGUUACGCUUCUGGAGGUGGCGGCGGCGCUUAUGCUGGC